GGCCAACCUAAUUCAUCCUUAUUACCGUUAAAUUACAUAGUGGGUACUACGCCGUAGUAUUACAUAUUCUUGUGCUUCAACAAGUGAUACUCGUAUGUAGUAUAUACUUGUAUUUAUUACCGUAUAUGUAUAUGUAUAUGUAUACACACUAGCUACUAUUCUACAAUUGGAUCUGCUCACUUGAUGCUUAAAGUCUAACUCAAAGGGCAUUACUAUUGCAGUUUGCAGAUCAAAACAUAUUUUUUUUUUUAAAAAAAGGUUCUUGGUCAAAGCUCAAGCAUUAAACUACAAGUUGGCAAGAAACACAAAGCAGAUUUAUUUUUGUCAACGUUGUUGAAGAUCUAACAAGUUGCUAGAGAGUAGAGUGAAGAUCAAGCUUGUUGUUGAAACAAGGAAGAGGAAAAAUCAGAUCAGUGCGUUUUUACUACUACUACUACUACUACUACUACUACUACUACUCAAGUUUUAUAUAUGUAUAUCAUAAAUCAGCAAGCGAAAAAGAUUGAUACUUGAUUAGUUUCGAUUGAUUCAUCGAAGGUAGAAUAGUAGAUGUGUUGGGAAUCAUGUCGGGUUAUGAUGGAGGAGGAGGGCAUGGACAUGGACUUAUGGGAUCAGGUGCAUCGCACUCGUCUUAUCUGCAUCAACUUCUGCAGAACAACAACAACAACAACCAGCCUUCAGAGUCUCAGACCACUUCUGAGUCUGCAGACGUCGACAGAUCAGAUCCUGCAGCAGCAGGCGCAACAAGCUCUGGAGGAGGAGGACCGAUGAGACGGCCUCGAGGCAGGCCUUCUGGAUCCAAAAACAAGCCUAAACCACCUAUUGUAGUCACCCGAGACACCCCCAACGCGCUGAGAUCUCACAUGUUGGAGGUGUCUUCGGGUGCAGAUGUUAUGGAAUCUCUUUCAGCAUAUGCCAGAAAGAGGGGAAGAGGAGUCAGUGUCAUCAGUGGUACUGGUACUGUCAUGGAUGUUACCCUGCGCCAGCCUGCAGACAGUAGCAGCGUCGCCACACUACACGGGAGGUUCGAGAUACUGUCGAUUACAGGGACUGUACUGCCCCCUCCUGCGCCCCCUGGGGCAGGAGGCUUGUCCAUAUUUUUGUCAGGAGGGCAAGGGCAGGUCGUUGGGGGCUGCGUGGUGGGUCCGCUGCUCGCUUCUGGGCCUGUCAUGCUGAUGGCAGCCUCAUUCUCUAAUGCAGUUUUCGAGAGGCUUCCAUUGGAUGAUCAUCAGGAGGAUGUGCAGGUGCCUCCUGAUCAUCCUUCAGCAGCAGCAGGAGGAGGAGGAGAAGGUAGCGGUACUACGGGUGGUGGUGGAGGUGGUUACGGGUUUCCUGUGGCUGGAGGUGGUGGUGAUCAUCAUGGUCUAAUGGGUUGGGGUGCAGCUGCUCCUCGUCCACCAUUUUAGUUUACUUUUUCUACUACUAGUACUAGUAAAAUAUAUAGCUGGUUGGUUUUGAUUAAUUGAUUGAUUGAAUUGAGUAGUUAGGAUUUGAGAGGUAGAUCAAAUGCGAAGCACAAACUAGUACUGCCUUUGGAAGCAGGUUUUUCUGCUCAAACAAUUGUUCUGAUUUCUGUUUUUCACUUGACUGUCUUCAGUUUCAUAUUGCUAACUAUAUUUGUUCAUUCAUUCAU